UAGGAUUAAAAUUUAAUAAUAAAUGUUAAGCUAAUUUUUUGGUGAUAUCACUUCCUAUAAUCAAGGUAUGUAAUUUCUUAUUUUAUCUACCUUAUCAUUAUUUGUUCUUUUUAUCCAAAUAAACUCUAAUUAAAACUAAAUUAAUCUCCUAAUAUUUUUAUAAUUUAUUAAAUUUGCAAAUUUUGAGAUUCAACAUUUUUGAAAAAUAAAUAAGUAAAUAAAUGAUGUUAUAUAAAAAACAUUUUAAGAAUUUAGAAGAAUUCAUAAAAUUUUCACUUUAAUCUCAUUCAACUCUCCAUUAUGAUGAAAGACUUUCUAAUCUAUAAAUUGGUGAUUAAGAUGCAUCUGAUUUAGGUUCUGAUUUAGUUAACUGCUCUAAUCUUUCAAAUUUGACUCUUGAUUUUCAAGCAAGUUAAAUUGAUACUACUGGUGCAUUAAGCUUAGGUUCUACUUUAGCAGAGUACACUAAUCUCUCAAAAUUGAAACUUUAUCUUAGUUCUAAUUCAAUUAAUGAUGAAGGCAUAUCAGGCUUAGGUUCUGCUUUAGCAAAAUGCAUUAAUCUCUCAAAAUUAUUUCUUGAUUUUCGUGAAAAUUAAGUUAGUAUAAUUGGUAUAUCGGGCUUAAUUUCUAAUUUAGCAAAGAGCACUAGUCUCUCAAAUUUGACCCUUUAGUUGAAUGAUAUUCAAAUUGGCGAUGGGGGUGCAUUAGCUUUAGGUUCUGAUUUAAAAAAGUGCACUAAUUUAUAAAAUUUGACACUUUAUCUUGACGGAAAUGAAAUUGGUGAUAAAAGUGCUUCAGGUUUAUGUUUAGCUUUAUCAAAUUGCAUUAAUCUCUCAAAUUUGAGACUUAAUCUUCGUAGGAACUUUAUUGGUGAUGAAGAUGCCAAAAGUCUAGGCUCUGCUUUAGCAAAAUGUACAAGUCUCUCAAAUUUGACGCUUGAUAUUAGUAAGAAUUAUUACAUGAGUGAACAAGGAGUAUUAUAUUUAGGUUCUACCUUAGCAAAGUGCACUAAUUUCACAAACUUGAAACUUUAUUUUAUCUACAAUUUAAUUAGUGAUGAAGAUGUAUAAAGUUUGGGUCUUGGUUUAUUAAAGUGCAUUAAUCUCUCAAAUCUGUCACUUAAUCUUGCGGGGAAUUAAAUUGGUGCAAUUAGUGCAUCUGAUUUAGGUUCUACUUUAGCAAAGUGUUUUAAUCUCUCAAAUUUGACACUUAACUUUUACUAAAAUUAAAUUAGUGAUAAAGGAGCAUAAGAUUUAGCUUUUGCUUUAGCAUAGUGCACUAAUGUCUUAAAUUUGACACUUAGUCUAAGUGACAACUAAAUUGGUGCAAUUGGAGCAUCAGAUUUAGCUGCUGCUUUAGCAGAGUGCACUAAUCUCUCAAAUUUGAUACUUAAUCUUGACUACAAUUAAAUUGGUGCAAUUAGUAUAAUUGGUGCAUCAGGCUUAGGUUCUGGUUUAGCAAAGUGCCCUAAUCUCUCAAAUUUGACACUUUAUCUUUAGGUGAAUUAAAUUAAUGCUGAAGGUGCAUUACAUUUGGGUUCUGCUUUAGCAAAGUGCACUAAUCUCUCAAAUUUAUCACUUGAUCUUGGGGCGAAUUAAAUUGGUGCAAUUGGUGCAUCAUACUUAGGUUCUGGUUUAGCAAAGUGCCCUAUUCUCUCAAAUUUGACACUUAAUCUUAGGGAGAAUUAAAUUAAUGAUGAAGGUGUAUCAGGUUUAGGUUUUGCUUUAGCAUAAUGCACCAGUCUCUCAAAUUUGACACUCAGUCUUAGUAAGAAUUAAAUUGGUGAUAAAGGUGUAUCAGAUUUAGGUUCUGCUUUAGCACAGUGCACUAAUCUCUCAAAUUUGACACUAAGUCUUAUGGCGAAUUAAAUUAAUGAUGAAGGUGCAUUAAGCUUAAGUGUUGGAUUAGGAAAGUGCACUAAUCUCUCAAAUUUGACACUUACCCUUUAGAAAGAAUUAUAAGAAUUGAAAGUAAGAAAGUGUCUUAAAUCAAAAAGAUUAGUUACCUUUAAAAAAUAUUUCUUAUGAUAAUAAAAAUUUAUUGAAAAAAGUAAGUAUAUUUUGUGAUAGGAUAUUUUAACCUUAUAUUUUGUAAGAUUUAUUAUUAUUUUUACUUAUAAAUACCAAUUUUUUGUAAGUAAAUAAAUAAUAUAUUAAAUAAAAUAUAAUUUAU